ACAGAUCUGAAAGUAUGGAAGAUGUACCUGGAACCUCCAAAGCUCCUUAUAUAAUGCCGGGAAAAUCUACAGAAAAUUUCUUCCGCCUCUGUCAACUCAUCAUGACUAUUUGUAGCGAUUUGCUGCGGGACAUCCUAAGUCAUUACAUUCAACCCUCUGACCUAAGAUCGGAGCUAGAUAAGAACAGAAAAAGGUUGGAAAAUAAAAUGAACUAUCAGCAAAGAAGUCUUAUAUACCCAGCCACCGGAAAUGCACCUCUAGUCGCAAAGGACAUGGAUAUAAGUGUAAUUUACAUCAUUUUACGCAACAUUUGCAAGAUUUCUGACCAUAAGAAGGGCUGGGGAAAUGCUCCAUGCAAGGGUGAUACAAGCAUCGCAGCAUGUAUAGAAAGAAUAAGAUUGCAAAGGAAUUCAAUAACAGGUCACUCCACAAAUGGCACGGUUGAAGAUGUCGAGUUUCAGAAUAUUUGGGCUGAACUAAAAGAUGCUAUUGUCGAGAUUGAGAAACGAUUAACAGGCGGAGAGUUAUAUCAAAGGCUUGUAGACACAUUGCUUACUUGUAAUCUCAACCCUACGGACGCAAAAAUGUAUAAAGAGAAGUUCGACAAAUUGCAAAGUCAACUCAUUGUUAAACAAGAGAAUAUCGAGAGCAUCGAGCAAGAACUGCAAGAACAGAUUUCCAUGAAAAGAGAAAGAGUAGAUAAUUUAGAAAAGAAGGUUGAAAAAUGCAGUGAGAGAAAGAGAAAAAAUACAGAGUUUUCUAAGCGAAGGAAAAUUGAAGAUCUGGAAAAAAGACUUAGAAGAUUAGAAGAUCUGGAGAAAAGAGUAAAAAGUUUGGAAGAUGAACAAAGGAGACUGACAUCUAAGAUAACAGAAUCAGAGCAAGUGACAAAAAAGGGAACCAUGAUAGAUUCACCAAUACCAGAAUGCAUUACGUCAGCUCGUCUAAUGUCAGCUAUUGAUGUGCCUGGCAGUGGAUGGAUUGACCAUAUCGCCAACGUGAAAAUAGGAAGAUUGUGGGUGAGUGAUUAUGACAAAUUUCUUAAGGAAGUCAACUUUCAAAACGUCAUUCAGACCGUUACUGAUGCCAGUUGUUCCUUUGGAAAGUUUGACGUCACCAGUGAAGGGUUCUUAUUGUACGUCCGUAGAGAAAAUAUAGGCUGUAGCAUUCAAAAGAUGACACCAGGUGGAAAAAAUGUUAUCAUGUUCACAUCAGAUUCAAAUAUGAUUAUGUGUAUUCACAGUUCCAAAAUUAACAUGGACCUCAUAGUAUGUGUGCACAAUACAACAAACAAUUCCGUUCAAUUGGCAAGGUAUGGCAGUACAGGAGAAACGAUCAGGGACAUUGCAGUGGACGGACUUGGACAGGAACUGUAUAAAUACCCAAUUUACGUUACGGAAAACAGGAACGGAGACGUUGUGGUUUCUGAUAAAGAGAAAAAAGCUUUAGUUGUUGUAGACAGCUUUGGGGGACAUCGGUUUGACUAUUCAGGCUAUCACUCCCAGCUUAGUCCCGGUGGUAUCUGUACCGACGUCUAUAGACACAUACUGGUGGCUGAUUGUCAUUUCAAUAAUUCGAGUAUCCACAUUCUUGACCAGGAUGGAAAAUUCUUGCUUGUGCUUUUGUCAACUCAAGAGUGUAAAAAUAUUCAGUUUUUAGCUUUGUGUGUGGACGACAAAAACAAUCUCUAUGUUGGCGAUGAGGGCAAAAAAAUUAAAGUUUAUAAGUACUUGAAAGACUAAAAAGUAUAACCAAGUUCAAUUUUGUACGAUUAUUUAUCAUGUCUUCAUAUUCGAAUUUUUUUCUACAUAAGGGCAUUACUUUUUUGUUUGUUUUUCUUUUCUAAUCGUUAACAACUGCCAUCAAAUACAAAUGGCCAGUCUUUAAUAAAACGCCAGAUUUACUCUGUUUCUAAGCAUAGCAUCAAAUGGAGAAUUGAACACACGUACAGCACCGCCAUCAAGUUGACAAGAAAAGGCAAGCGUAUACGAUGCAGGAUGCAUUAUUAAUAACAAAUUAACAAACUUAAUUCUAUUUUACCAUGUCCUCUCCCACAGCCAAUCACAUUCAACUGCAGUUUUAAGGAUUGUUGUUUCCAAAACGAAAUUUAAACUUACAAUUUCAUUUACAUAACAAAUUUGAUUUUAAUUGUUUAUCUAAUAUUGAUUUCUAGUUUUAUGUUUUAACACACAAAUAACAAAACUAUGAUGUUGUUUACUUUUUAUCUAUUCUAAAAUGAAUGUUUUUGUGAAGAACUAUGAUAAUCUUCAGCUUAUCGUGUUAGUGUAUCAAACUACAUACAAAAAUGUGAGAAAUAAAUAACAAUUAAUGUAAAGAUUUGAAAGAGUGAGGAAAAUUAUAUAUUUUGCUAUUAAGUCCUAUAAGUUUAAUAGAUAGAAACAGUGUACUGCAUUCCAAUUUCAUUGUCGUAUUUUGUACAACCUGCCUACCAAUUGACACUUUCAAUACAAAAAUAAAUACGUUACCGUGUUCGUCGGAUUUUCUACAUUAUGCAUUUAUCGGAUUUUUAAAAUUUUUCAUACAAGUUGAUAUAUUUUAUUUUCUCUUUGUUUAGCGCAGUAUGAAUAUCAUCAAUCCUUUUAUAUAAUUUGG